AUGGCUGACUGGGAGUACACUGUCCGGGAGAAGAUCGAACGAGAUCCUAGCACAAGAUUAGAUGUCAUCGUCGUUGGAGCUGGCCUUGGCGGCCUCGGUGCUGCCAUCUCAGUACUAUUAGCCGGUCAUAAUGUGACAGUGCUUGAAGCAGCCUCGGAGAUUGGUGAAGUUGGUGCUGGCAUCCAAGUGCUCCCAAACUCAGCACGCGUAUUAUUUGGUUGGGGUCUGAAAGACAGCCUGGAACAAUAUGCUACUAUGCCAAGAAAAUGCAACUUUAUUGGUUGGAAGGGCAAUAAGCUCUCGGAAAUGGACUAUUAUGCUUAUGCACAAGCGACUGGGGCUCCUUUCUGGGACUUUCAUCGUGCAAACUUACAUAAGUGCCUGUUAGACCGGGCUGUUGAGCUUGGAGCGACCUGCAUCACAAAAGCAGCAGUACAAGACCUUGUAAUUGCGGAUGACCAUAUGAGUGCGACAGUGAUCUUGAAAGAUAGCCGUCGUAUGAUCGCUGAUCUCGUGGUGGGUGCUGAUGGAAUCAAUUCCACACUGCGUGAGAUAUUCCUUGGUCGCGAAGACCCACCUGUCCUGACUGGUGAUCUGGCCUACCGACUACUCUUGGACGGCGACGAAAUGCGCAAGGAUCCGGAACUCCGGCCGUUCAUCGAAGAACCGCAAGUCAACUAUUACCUUGGGCCAGACGCACAUGCUGUCAACUACGUUCUCAAAGGUGGAAAACAGUUCAACAUGGUUCUACUAGUACCUGACGAUAUACCGCCUGGCCCCAACACAAUUGCCGGAAACGUGGAAGAGAUGCAAGCUUAUUUCAAAGACUGGGAUCCCAAGAUUAGCAAACUAACGGCAAUGUGCAAAGAAGUGCAGAAAUGGCGCCUUUGCAUUCGUCCUGGGCUUGAGCCAACGUGGUCGGAUCCAUCAGGUGCUUUUACUCUGCUAGGUGAUGCUGUACAUGCAACUCUACCUUACCUUGCUAGUGGCGCCGGUAUGGCAUUGGAAGAUGGUGGUGUGCUUGGUUUGUGUCUCGCGCGGAUCAAUGAUAAGAGCCCCGCUUCCAAAAGAGCCGCCCUUGAUGUGUAUGAGGCAUGUCGCAGGGAGCGGACUGAGAAGGUUGUUCAAAGAGGCUCGUAUAACCAGUGGAUGUACCAUCUUCAUGAUGGACCGGAGCAGCAGGAUAGAGAUGAGAAACUCAGAUCAUUUGAGCAGAAGGAUCAAGAAUGGAUGAGUCAAGCUGGUUUCGUUUUGCCAGUCUCCCAAGAAACAGGCGAGGACCCAUUCCCCUGGCGUUACAACGGUGUUGGGAGAUGGCUAUUGACAUACGAUAUCGACAAGGAUGUUGACGAAGGUUGGAAAAGAUUUCUAUCCCAGGAAGAAGAUCCGUUCACUGAGCGGGCAAACUUGUAG